UUUUUGAGCGUCGAAGCUUCUUCCUUCCCAAUCUUCGGUAAUGGUGGCGUUCAAACAGUUCUUUUCUACGCCAUUUUCACCUUUUUUUGGGUUUCCAUUACUGGUUGAAAUUGUUGACCCAAUAUCAUCAAUCGAAUAGCUACAAUCUCGAGUUAUAGGCUGUUUUCUAAAUUUUGUUUCACUGUUGCUGUUGUGCAAAAAUGGUGGUAGAUACUCAUGUGCAGGUUGCAAAAUUUUCUGUGGCCUUACCCUCGUCCUUGGUUACACUCCCACAUAGAUCUUCAAAUAGGUUGUCUUAUCAUCUCCCAUUGGGUCUAAAAACAAAAGUAAAAAAGAUAAGGUCCUCAUCUGCUGAUGCAGGACAUAGUGUGCCUCCCUCAUCUUCAGAAAGAAGGAAUCCACUUGCCAUUUUUCUUGAUGUUCCUCGUACUGUAUGGAGGCAAACAUUGCGUCCAUUGAGUAAUUUUGGGUUCGGUCAAAGGAGCAUAUGGGAAGGUGGGGUUGGGUUAUUUCUUGUGUCAGGUGCUAUCCUUCUCACACUCAGUUUGGCUUGGUUGAGAGGCUUUCAACUGCGGUCUAAAUUUAGAAAAUACUUGGCUGUCUUUGAGUUUGCUCAGGCCUGUGGUAUUUCUACUGGAACUCCCGUAAGAAUUAGAGGGGUUACUGUUGGCAAUGUCAUUCGUAUUAACCCUUCCUUGAGAUGUAUUGAAACUGUUGUUGAGGUUGAAGAUGAUAAGAUAAUUGUACCACGUAAUUCAUUGGUUGAAGUAAACCAGUCUGGUCUUCUUAUGGAGACAGUGAUUGACAUUACUCCUCGCAAUCCUAUUCCAGUGCCUUCAGCGGGACCACUUGACUCUGAAUGUAUCAAAGAAGGUUUAAUAUUAUGCGAUAAACAGAAAAUGAAGGGGCAUCAAGGGGUAAGUUUGGAUGAAUUAGUUGGAAUAUUCACUCGGCUUGGGCGCGAAGCGGAGGAAAUAGGGCUUUCCAAUACAUUUGCAUUAGCUCAACGAGUUGCUUUGGUUAUUGAAGAAGCAAAGCCUUUGCUUUUAAAGAUUCAAGCCAUGGCUGAAGAUGUUCAACCUUUUCUCGCUGAGCUUCGUGACAGUGGUCUUCUAAAGGAGGUUGAAAAUUUAACUAAAAGUUUGUCACAUGCCACAGAAGAUUUAAGAAGCGUGCAUGCGUCCAUUAUGACUCCCGAAAACACAGCACUGCUUCAAAAGUCCAUUUAUACGCUAAUUCUUACUCUGAAGAACAUAGAGAGUUUGAGCUCAGAACUUCUUGGGUUCACUGGCGAUGAGGCUACAAAACGGAAUUUAAAAGUGCUGAUCAAGUCUCUCAGCAGGCUGCUAUGAAACAAAGAUGUGAUCCAAAUGGGAUUGUAUGAACUUGGUAUUAGAGAACAUUGUAUCAUCAUCUCAAUCUUUUCAUAUUGCGAGCGCAAAGCCGAAGUGGCUCGACGUAGUUUCAUAACUGUUAUGGUUUCGGCUUCAGCAGGGUGGGGAGGGAGGGAGUCAGGCUCAGGCAUAGGCAAAAUUUUUGAGAUAUUUGUGUAUGUUCUUAGGUAGUAGCCCUGCUUUAACAGAAGGAAACUGUUGGUUCUUAUAACACAUAUUGGUCCAUUUCUUUCAAGGCUUCUUUCUAGUA